UCUUGGUUUCAGUUGCGCAUUCGUAACCAGUAAGGGCGAGGUGCAAAGUACCAGUGUUACUUUUUACACCUUGAUUUGUGGCUUUGUGGUGAACUCAGCCUGUUAUUUAAAAAAAAAGGUUCUGAGAAAUAUAACUUGGUAUGAUAUAUUCAUAUAUGGACGAAAACAAGUGCAUAUUUGAAAGCAGUACAAAUCACAGGGUUUUAAGAACUGGUAACUCGCUUUUCAACACCGGCUACGCUGUGAUGAAGUGCGCUGAGGAUUGAGCGGAUGAGCGAAGUGUUGAAGGACGGUAUCUAGGCGGUAGAAGUGGUACGGAGCUGCCCGGAGAGCCCCUCUCUUCACAGAAGGAUGCUGGUGGGAAAUGCCUGGCGACAGAGAGGACGAGAUUUGUCAAAAGGCACUGGAACUCUUGUCGGAUCUCUGCACUAAGGGCGAGGUGCAAAGUGACAACUGUUUGGAUUUCAUAUAUUAUUUUCGCGAUCUCGCCAGACCGAGGUAUACAGACUCAGAUGUAUCGGUGAGCCUGCUGUCCCUCGUGGUCACAGCCUGUGGCCUGGCCCUGUUUGCCGUAUCCCUCUUCGUGUCUUGGAAGCUGUGCUGGGUCCCUUGGCGGGAGCGCGGCCUCCCCCCUGUCAUCAAGGAGGGGCAGCCGGACCAGCAGCCCGUCUACUCGGACGUGGACGGAAUCGACAAUGAAUACAGCGAGGAGUGCGUGAAGGAAGCCACGGCCGUGCCGGUGCCCGAGUCCGCCAUGAAGAUCAGCCACACUUCACCGGACAUCCCAGCGGAGGCCCAGUCCAAGGGCAAGGAGAACUGCAUCCACUCCAACCCACGCAUGCAGCGGCAGAUCACCGAACCAACCUCCUCUGUCCGGCAUAAUUCCAUCAGGAGACAAAUGAACCUGUCCAACCCAGACUUCAACGUGGCACAGUUCCAGAGGCAGGAGUCUCUGUCGGGUCUGAGCCUGGGUCGUAUCAAGCCAGAGCUGUACAAGCAGAGGUCGGUGGACACAGACGACGGCAGGAGGAGCGAGAACUGCGGCCAGCUCCAUUUCAUACUCAAGUACGACUGUGACCUGGAGCAGCUCAUCGUCAAGAUCCACAAGGCAAAUGACCUGCCAGCCAAGGACUUCUCGGGUACCUCCGACCCGUAUGUGAAGAUCUACCUGCUCCCAGACCGCAAGACCAAACAUCAGACCAAGGUGCACCGCAAGACUCUGAACCCAGUAUUCGAUGAGGUUUUCCUGUUCCCCGUGGCCUACACCGAACUGCCCACACGCAAGCUGCACUUCAGCGUGUACGAUUUUGACAGAUUCUCCCGUCAUGACAUCAUCGGCCAGGUGGUGGUGGACAACUUCCUGGACCUGGCGGACUUCCCCAGGGAAACGAGACUCUGCAGGGACAUCCAGUAUGUCUCUUCGGAUAAUGUGGACCUAGGAGAUCUCAUGUUCUCACUCUGCUACCUACCUACUGCCGGAAGACUGACCAUCACAAUAAUAAAGGCACGGAAUCUAAAAGCCAUGGACAUCACUGGAGCAUCAGAUCCUUAUGUAAAGGUUUCCUUAAUGUGCGAAGGGCGAAGACUAAAGAAGCGAAAAACAUCAACCAAAAGAAACACUCUCAAUCCUAUCUACAAUGAAGCCAUAGUCUUUGAUGUUCCUCCAGAAAACAUUGACCAAAUUAGUCUUUUAAUAGCCGUAAUGGACUACGACCGUGUAGGUCACAAUGAGAUCAUCGGCGUAUGUCGGGUGGGCAACGAGGCGGAGAGCCUGGGCCGUGACCACUGGAACGAUAUGCUUACGUACCCCCGCAAGCCCAUCGCCCACUGGCACCCACUGGUCGAGUGGGUUGGUCAAGGAACGACUGGAGGGAGCCAGGGAGGCUCCUGCAACUCUUUAAAAGUCCCCCCUUCCCCGUAACUGUGUAAACCGCACAAGACUGAGAUGGAAAAGCUUGUGGAUGAACUCAAAGAAAAUAUUAUGUGACAUUGAGUGUAACGUUCACCUUAAAUGUGUACUUCCAUCCAGAAUGAAGCAACUUUAACACUGUUUAUGCUGUGCCUAUGGGAGUUUUCUUUGCAUGGGGGUGUUCAUUCAGUUGCAUGUUGACUGGUCAUCCUUCAUUAUUUCCCCAUUCAGUAAAGAAAGAAAGAACAUUGUUACAGUUUGGUCUGAGGCUUAUUUUGAAGUAUUCUAAAUGUUUUCCCAGUAGUCCCAGCUUCCAUUUUUGGUGUCUGUAUCAUGCAUUGAAUCAUGGCCAAAUAAGAUGUUUUCUCAGAGGUGUUCACUUUAUUUUAAUACAGUGCAUGGUUUAUUUUAUUGUUGGGUGUUUUUUGUUUUGUAUUCAUUUUGAUAAAGAUUUGAGUGUACAAUUCUGUUAUAUGAACACACAUGUAAUGUGCUGUGGCAAUUUAUUUGUAGACCUAGUGUGUAAAAUGUCCUUUCAAAUGUUACAAAUAAAUAUUUGUAUAAAACAA